AUGCACCACAUUUACAUGCGCAAUGUAAUCGAUAUUACUCAUACGCCACGCUGCUCUAUACGGCACGUGCAGACACAGGCAAAAGUCUCCGGUGAUGCCUCCACUUCGCAAUUUAUCGAUGAGAUAAACAAAAACUCGCAAGUCCAAUCGAAGAACAGCAAUGGGGAACGCAAGCGCUGGAUCCACGAUCCCACAAGUGACCUUUGCCGGCCGUUAAAUUGCAAGAAGCGUGAAAUUUGUCUACUGGAGGAUGAGUACAGUGCCGUGUGCGUUUCGAAGCGUGACUUGCAUAAGAAUCGUGAUGAAAUAAUCACGAAAGCCAAGUACUUGGAGGAGGAGGCGGCUAAGCGACGCGCCAACAAGGACAUCAUCAACAACAACAACAACGACAAUGAAAACGAUGAUGAGGAUGUGAAGAACUUUAGCUCCGAUGAGGAUUCCCGUGAAGAUGAUGUAUUCUAUGAGAACAACAACACGGCCGGUGAUAAGGACGACGACGAGGAUGUGGAAGACAACUGCAAGCCAUGCCCAGUAGCAAAGCCGACUUUCUUAUGUGGCGCCGACAACCGCACCUACUCGUCGCUAUGCAGAUUGGAUUACCACAACUGCAUACAUUCAACAUCCAUAAGGAUAGCGUGCAAGGGAUUCUGUCCAUGCAAGGAAAACACCGAUGGGAAACGUUUGCAACGCCUAAAUGAGCGUCAGAGCGCUUUCAAUGCCAAAUAUAAGAAGACUAUUGAACAGCAACAGCAACAACAACAGCAGCAGCAGAAACAACAAAUGCAACAACAAUUAAUGUACAAGGACAACAGCAAUAGCAACAAUAUUUUGGGCAAUUCGAACGACAAUUUGGACAACACUUUGAACAGCAACAAUUUUAAUGCUAUUAUGGAUGAUAAGGAUGAUAACAAUCGACAUUACAAUCACAUAAAUUCGCAAUUCACAUUCACACCGGAGGAAAUCAAAUACGAUAAUAAACACUAUAAGUACCUCAAGUACACCGCCUACAAAAAGGACAACCAAUACCCGGAGGAUAAACAUAAGAUCCGUGGCUACAAUGAGGUGGUCGAGAAACCACAAAAGUACAACAAAAAUAGCAUGAACAAUGGCUUCCCAUCCAAGUCGCCCGAAUGCAAGCCACAACAGCUGACCGCCAUCGGCAAUCGCCUGCUUGACUGGUUCUCUGUUAUUAUGGCCGACAGCAAGAAACGACGGCAGCACAGCCAAAAAUCCAAGGCGCAUUUCCCACCUGCCUGCAAGACCGAAGCUAAAUGGAUGUUUGGUCAUUUGGAUUUGAAUAAUGAUGGCUAUUUGUCGCUGCAGGAAAUGUACGAUUUGGAACAUGAUCAGAAUGAGCGUUGCAUCAAGCCAUUCAUUGAUACUUGCGAUCUGGAUCAGGAUAAUUCGAUUAAUACACGCGAAUGGUGUCGCUGCUUCGAGAAGACCGAUCGCCCAUGCGCCGCGGUUCGACGAAGAAUCGCUGGCGACUUUGCAGGCGCCUAUGCACCCGAUUGCGAUGUUCAGGGCUUCUAUAAGCCCACCCAGUGUCACAAUUCCGUUGGCGUUUGCUGGUGUGUGGAUAAGCAUGGAGUCGAAUUCGCCAACACACGCACUCGAGGCAAACCAAAUUGUGAGUCCGUUGUGAAUAAUGCCUCAUCACUCACCUCCGACGACGAAGACGAGGAGACCGACGAUGAUGACAGUGCGGAAGGAAGUGCCGAUCAAAUGCUGGUAUUCUAAGCGGAAUGCGACUAACUGGCAGAGUUUGGAAACGCUCAACAGCAGGCAGUAUACGUCGAAGAUGAAAUGAGAUGUCUUGUAUGUAGUUAAAUGCGGCGGAUGGACGAACAAGCGCAAGGAUACAAGUGGCAGAAAGAAGCAGAAGCAGAGGAUUAAGUAAAAAAAAAAUGAUAUCUAAAACUUAUGAAUUUUAUUUUUAUUUUUUAUUUUUUGAAAGAAUUACUUUACACAAGUAAAUAUACAUAUAUUCAAGGUAAAAAAGGUGAAUGAAGAAAUGAAGCAGAUAAGAAGAACAAGCAUUUGGUAUAGAGUCAAGAAACCUUUGUACUUAGAGCGUAGAGAACGCAAAACAACAGAAAAAAGAGCAAAAAAACACAAAUACAGCUAAAACAGCUUGCAAUGAAAUAUUAAAUUUUUAUUGAAACUGACUUUUAUAAUGAAAAAGUGUAUAAGAAAUUAAAAGUUUUGACAACCAAAAAAAAAAAAUAAACAAAACAUAGUUAAGUUUUUUUCAAGGCGCAUUCAUCAAAGAAUGGUAGCACUAGACCAACAA